AUGCCUAGCAGAGAUUCAAAACGUAAUCAACAUGAUAAUUAUAAUACAUAUGGAUAUGCCAAUCAACGAGGCGGCGGCGGCGGCGGCGGUGGUGCACCACGGAAUCAUGUAGUACCAACUGAACCUCCGUUUACAGCUUAUAUUGGUAAUGCACCUGAUACAAUGGUUCAAGGUGAUUUUGAAAAUCAUUUAUUUGUUGGAUUAAAAAUUAAACAAGUUCGAUUAGUACGUGAUCGACAAACUGAUCGAUUCCGAGGUUUUGCUUAUGUUGAUUUUGACGAUGCAGAAUCAUUACGUCGUGCUAUUGAAUUAGAUGGAACAUGUAUUAAUGAUCGUUCAAUUCGUAUUGAUGUUGCGGCUCGACCAUUAGGUGCAAUAAAAUCUGAAGGAUUUCGAAAUAAACCUGGUUUUGAAUCACGUGAUGGUCGUCGUCAUCCAUCGGGAAAUAGUAAUAAUGGAUUACAUCAAGGUGGCCGAAAUACUAAUAAUUAUCGUCAACAAGAAGUUUCCGAAAAUGUCGAAGAAGGUUAUACUGAUGGAUAUUAUACUGAACGUCCACGUCGUACAUCAGGUUCAGGUAGAACUAAUGAACGUCGUAAUAGUCAUACUCAACAGAAUAAAACUCCACCACGUAAAGCUUCGAAUGAUGAUGUUUUUGUUGCACCUGAUACUCCAACAUCGAAUGAAGAUGGUACUGAUCAUGGAAGUACAACAAUAGUUCGACAACAAAGCCGUAAUUGGGCUGAUUGCCCAAUUGAUGAAACUGUUACUGAACCAUCACCACCACCAAGUGCUACUAAUGCAUAUGGCGGUGAUGAUUUUC